GGAAUAAUCGAAAUUUGAAUAUUAUAAAUUUCCAAAUAUAAUAAGUAUUGAUUUUUAGAUAUUAAAUAAAAAUUUAAUGGUUUUGUUAAUUGCGUGUAAAACUAGUGAAUUAAAAAGAGCGACUUUCUUAGUAGAAAUUCUUUGUUGGUAAACAAAGGAUAGUGAAUUUCAUAAUGUGGUCUCAUCUUCAACGGGGUAGUUCGCCCGUAGAUUGGUGCGAAUCUAAUUACUCUAUAUCUCCUAUGAUCGCAGAGUUUGUUAACACGGUCAGCAACAUCUUGUUUUUCCUGUUUCCACCGGUUCUCAUUCAUUUGUUCCAAGAGUAUGCAAAGUUUGUCAACCCAGCAAUUAACUUAUUAUGGAUUAUGCUGAUGGUGGUGGGCCUGAGCUCGGCCUAUUUUCACGCGACCCUCAGUUUAGUUGGUCAACUACUGGAUGAGAUAGCCAUAUUGUGGGUGUUUAUUGCUACAUUUGCUAUGUUUCUGCCAAGAAGAUAUUUUCCCAAAUUCUUAGGAGGUAAUAGAAAAAUGCUAGCAUUUUACGCGUGUGUUUUCUCAUUUGUAUCAACUGGGUUCCUGCUGAUGUAUCCAUUCGCCAACGCUUUCGCUUUGAUGGCGCUCGUUGUGCCCAGCCUGAUGUUCAUGUACAAGGAGUUAUUAAGAGUAAAAUGCGCGCGCGUGUACCGCCUAGGGUUGCGCAGCAUGGCCGUCUGCUUCCUAGCUCUAUUUUGCUGGAUCAUCGACCGCCUCUUCUGCGACGCCUGGCUCUCCAUCGACUUCCCCUACAUGCACGGAGUUUGGCACAUCCUUAGCUUCAUCGCCACCUACACAGCGUUCGUAGUUUUCGCCUAUUUCAAUGUCUCAGAGGAAAACCCGGAACAAAAACCUGUACUCAAGUAUUGGCCUAGCAACGACUUCGAAUUGGGUAUCCCGUAUAUUUCUGUCAAAUGUCCAUGUAAGAAAAAUGAAGAUUUGGCUAUAUAAAACGCUUCUACAUUAUAUUUUGUUAGUAUAAAGACACGUUCACAUUAGGUUUGAUCAGCCGUACUUUUGGUGUAUUGUAUCCGUAGUGUAAACGCUCUAUUUUAAAUAUUAAGUCUGCUAACUGAUGGCUGAC